AUGCUUAUAGAAGAUGUAGAUGCCCUCAAGUCCUGGCUGGCCAAGUUACUGGAGCCGAUAUGUGAUGCUGACCCUUCAGCCUUAGCCAACUAUGUUGUAGCACUGGUCAAGAAGGACAAACCUGAGAAAGAAUUGAAAGCCUUUUGUGCAGAUCAGCUUGAUGUCUUUUUACAAAAAGAAACUUCGGGUUUUGUGGAUAAACUCUUUGAAAGUCUGUACACUAAGAACUACCUUCCACCUUUGGAACCAGUUAAACAUGAGCCAAAGCCUCCAGUACAAGAAAAAGAAGAAAUUAAAGAAGAGGUAGAGGCCAGUGGCUGCAUCUUAGACGACUGCCCAUCAGCUUUUAAGGCUACUUACCAAAGUAACAUGAAGAAUGUUGUCUUUGUCUUGUCUUUGUGGAGAUUUUGUGUACUUGGAGACCUUUGCCAGUUUGAUCAUGGAAAUGAUCCCUUGGUUGUUGAUGAAGUUGCUCUACCAAGCAUGAUUCCUUUUCCACCUCCUCCUCCUGGGCUUCCUCCUCCACCACCUCCUGGAAUCUUAAUGCCUCCCAUGCCAGGCCCGGGCCCAGGCCCAGGUCCUGGCCCAGGUCCAGGCCCUGGCCCUGGCCCUGGCCCAGGUCCUGGUCCUGGCCACAAUAUGAGACUUCCUGUUCCCCAAGGACAUGGUCAGCCUCCACCUUCUGUUGUGCUUCCCAUACCAAGACCGCCCAUAACACAGUCAAACUUGAUAAACAACCGUGACCAGCCUGGGACAAGUGCAGUGCCCAAUCUUGCACCAGUGGGCGCAAGACUACCUCCUCCUUUACCCCAGAACCUCCUUUAUACAGUAUCAGAACGACAGCCCAUGUAUUCUCGUGAACAUGGUGCUGCUGCAUCUGAGCGACUUCAGUUGGGGACACCACCUCCUCUGUUGGCAGCUCGUUUGGUGCCACCUCGAAACCUCAUGGGAACCUCCAUUGGGUACCAUACCUCAGUCUCCAGCCCCACCCCUCUGGUCCCAGACGCAUAUGAACCUGAUGGUUAUAACCCAGAAGCUCCUAGUAUUACCAGUUCUGGUAGAUCUCAGUACAGACAGUUCUUCUCAAGAACACAGACACAGCGCCCAAACCUGAUUGGUCUAACAUCUGGAGAUAUGGAUGCAAAUCCAAGAGCUGCUAACAUUGUUAUCCAGACUGAACCACCAGUCCCCGUCUCAAUUAAUAGCAACAUCACCAGAGUUGUUCUUGAACCAGAUAGCAGAAAAAGAGCUGUGAGUGGUUUGGAAGGACCACUUUCGAAAAAACCUUGGCUGGGAAAGCAGGGGAAUAACAAUCAGAAUAAAACAGGAUUCUUGCGAAAGAAUCAGUAUACAAACACCAAAUUAGAAGUUAAGAAAAUCCCUCAGGAAUUGAACAACAUUACUAAGCUCAACGAGCAUUUCAGCAAGUUUGGAACUAUUAUUAACAUCCAGGUUGCUUUUAAGGGUGAUCCAGAAGCAGCCCUCAUUGAGUAUUUCACCAAUGAGGAGGCCAGGAAAGCCAUUUCCAGCACAGAAGCAGUUCUAAAUAAUAGAUUCAUUCGAGUCUUAUGGCAUAGAGAAAACAACGAGCAGCCAACACUGCCAUCCCCAACACUACUGCUCCUUCAGCAGCAGCUGUCCCAGCAGCGUCAUCCCCUACCACAGCAUCUUCAUCAGCAGCAGGUUUUGGUGACCCAGUCUCCUCCUUCAACAGUACAUGGACCCGUCCAGAAGAUAAUUAACAAGCCGCAGACAUCAGGUGCAUAUGUCCUUAAUAAAGUUCCUGUUAAACAUCGUCUUGGGCAUACUAGUGGUAACCAGAGUGAUACAGCACACUUGUUGAAUCAGUCUGGUGGUACUGGAGAGGAUUGUCAGAUGUUUUCAGCACCAAGCCAUCAAAAGAUUUACAGCUCCUCGAACUUAAAGACACCUUCAAAACUUUGUUCAAGCUCUAAAUCUCAUGAUGUCCAAGAAGUUCUCAAAAAGAAGCAGGAAGCAAUGAAGCUUCAGCAAGAUAUGAGGAAAAAGAAGCAAGAAAUGUUAGAGAAACAAAUAGAGUGUCAAAAGAUGUUAAUAUCUAAGCUAGAAAAAAACAAAAACAUGAAACCAGAAGAGAGAGCAAAUAUAAUGAAGACUUUUAAAGAGCUUGGAGAAAAGAUCUCACAUUUGAAAGAUGAAUUAAAAACAUACUCUGCAGUCUCUACACCAUCUAAAGUGAAGACGAAGACAGAGGNCCAGAAAGAAUUAAUUGCUGCAAAUCAAGGGUCAAAAUUCAAAGACCGUCGACUCCAAAUAUCAUGGCACAAGCCUAAGGUACCAUCUAUAUCCACUGAGACUGAGGAAGAAGAAGUCAAGGAGGAGGAAACCGAAACCUCAGAUUUAUUUUUGCCUGAUGAUGAUGAUGAAGAUGAGGAUGAAUAUGAGUCUCGUUCAUGGCGAAGAUGA